CUUUAUAUGCAUAUUAUGUGUCGAUGGAACUCGAAGAGUCUCAGUUCGAAGGUCAUUUCUUGUAGGUACGCGCACAACCUUUGGUGAACGGGGAAGAAGGUUCCAGAAAUUUUGCGGUUAUAUAUAUAUAUAAUAUAUCAGUUGAACGUUGUUGUCGGUAAGUGAUCGCGUUGUUUCAAUUUAUUCGAUUGUGAUCGUUCGAAACGAAGGUGUCCCCAAGAUUUUUCACUUCUGCGCGACGGUAUUGACGACACCUGAAAUCAACAAUCGCGAAGUUUAUCCUUUUGAGAAAAAAAACACGCCACACACGUACUGAAAAAAAAAAAAAACCGCACAUGAUAUCGGAAACAAUGUCGAGGACAAAGGUGGAGCCUGUAGAUCAGUGGCUGGCGAAAGAAGGAUAUUUCCGCAAAGCUACUCCCAGAGAUCCCAACUGUUUGUUCAGAUCAAUUAGCGAACAAAUAUAUCACACUCAGCAUUAUCACUUAAAAGUUAGAAAAGAAUGUAUCGAGCACAUGGAAAAGAAAAGAAGUUUGUUCGAAAAUUUCAUAGCAACACCGUUUGAUUAUUAUAUAAGAGAAAUGCAAUGUUUUACGGAAUAUGGAGGCCUCAAUGAGAUUCAUGCUAUGUCACUUCGCUAUGAGCGAGACAUAAUUGUGUUCGUUGGAGAGAAACAAACGUGCGAAAACGUGACCAAAUAUGGUUUUAAAGCAUCUAAUAUAUUGCUCUGUCAUACAGAACCGAAACAAUACGAGCCUGUGUAUCCCAUGGCUUUUAUAGAAUCGGCAGCUUAUUGUCAAUCUAUUGUUUACGAAGUUCUUUAUAAAAAUUUAUUUAAAAUGUACGACGUGAAGGCUGUUGCCGACAAAAUGUUAAAUAACGGAAGCGAUGCGUUCAGACAUGACAAAUUUUUUCAAAAAGGAAAUCUUGACAUUAGAGAGCAAUUGAUUGAAGAUCUGUAUAAAAAAGUAAAAAGUAACACCGGGGACGAAAUUCAGUCUGAUCAAAAUAAAAAAGUGGCUAGACAAGUGAACAGUAAUGAUAUAGGUGAAAUUCAGUCUGACUGGAAGAGGACACCUAUUCCUUACAAAGUUGCCAAAGCUCUGGCAACUGAUCAUUAUCGCAAUAUAGAGUUAGAUAUAUGGCACGAAUUGAAACGAGAAGUAAAAUCUGCCGGAUGGAACCGAUUUGGUAAUAGUGUGCUGCAAGAGGGUGGUAAAUGUUUAAUAGAAAUCAGCAUAAACGAUCUAGAACGGCAAGAAAAAAACAACAAUAAGACCAUCAACACUAUUUCGGAUUCUAACGCUAGCGAGAGUGGCGUUAAAACUGAUCAGAAAUUGAAACAAGGAAAUCUUUGGCUCCAAGGUUAUAUACAAAAAAUGAGCACAAAUAAGGAGCCGGUUCUGGUUUUUAUUCAAGAUCUUGGAGAAAGAAAAUAUGUUCCAUACGAUGCUCUAAAACCAUUACCGAGGAAACCUAAACAACAAAAAAAUUGGUUUCCGAUGAAUAGAAAUCAUUCGGUCGCUCCAGAUCUAAAUCGACGAUGGAAGAAGUAUAAUUUAUUCCCACGUAAGAAAAAACCAAAUGACAACAAAAUCGCGUAUAUCAAUACUAUCAAUAUUGAUAACAAUGAUGCAAAUAAUGCAAGCAAAUCCAGCUUUGACAGUGAAGAACACAUCGGUGAACUUCCUGAAGAUCAUCAAACAACACAAUUGAAUUCGAAUAACUCUAUUGAAGAGUGCUCUACUCAUAUGGAACUUACAACAAAUGAACAUAUCAGUAGUUCGCCUACUGAAGUUAUAUUAAAUUCGCAGCUUACACUAUCAAAUACUGUAGAGAAAAAAGUACUGGAAGAACAUAAAAAAAGAAGCAACAAUUCUUUGCGAAAUAAAAUCGAAAAAUCUGGCAAUAAUAAUGGCUUUGGCAAAAGUUUUAAAAAUACCAACACGAAAACAAAAGCAUUGGAAGCGAAUCAUUGUUUAUCUUACGAUAAUGUUCAAAUACCUAUGAAUGGCAAUCCGAACGUUCCUUAUGUCGCCCCGGAUGGCAAUGUGUAUCCCUUGUAUCAAUAUGUGUCAGGAAAAAUUGAGGAAAAUCAAAUGGAUCCUUCGUUUCAGCAUGCGUGGUAUAAAUUAUAUCCAGUACAAAUGUAUGAGGAACCUUAUCGUUCAAUGAAUUCACCUUACUGCGGACCAUUACCGUACACUCCUGCUCAAAAUGGCGUACAAUCUCUUCCCGCACCAAAUAUUCAAACCAAUCCGCCAUACAUGCAAGACGAAAAACAUCUUGUUAACGCGAUGCAGAAUUGUUCUUUGACGUGCAAUGAAGGAAGAGAUACUGAUGUUGAAAAUGUUUUGCCUUUGAACAUAAAUGGUGCACAAAACGGCGCAAGAUUACAAAAUCAAGGACCAAAAAAUGCAAAUGAAGUAGCACAAUUUCCACAAAAAGGAAAACAAACCGUAAAUAAUAAAGCAAACAGAAUGCGUACACGCCAGAAUAACACGCGGAGAGUGUACACACAGUUCCCAGGUCAAGCUGCGAUUCCGGGCACUUCCGCGAAUACAUACGACACAUCGCACAGGUCGAAUAUGCACGUAAUGCAAUCGCCGCAGCGUUACUGGGAUCAAUUUUUCCCUCAAUCCCCGAUGAACACUUACGGGUCGCCACAAUACGCAUCACCAAAUGUAUUGUCGUCCGUGCCGUACGAAUAUUCACCGCAGAACGAGGGCAAUAUGAGGAACCUUCCUAUGUACUAUGCUGGUAAUGGCAGUUAUGUUCCUCAUUUUAUCCCACCACAGCACAUGGAUGAAAACUUGCACUACCAGCAAGUGAAUGAAGGUUAUCCACCGAGUUACUCGCAAACGGGAGGUCAACCGAUGCCGUAUGCGCCGCCAAUGAUGUAUCAACAGCUGAUGCAUUAUUUGUCGUCACCGCCGCUACAAAUGCAAGAACAAUGGAAUCAGAUGAUUGGAACAUCUUAUGUGCCGUGUACUACUCUGUCUCCAACGCUCGCCGAGCCACCUUCCAAUCCUGGCCCAGUUGCUCUUUAAGCGCAGUUCUGAAGACUAAGAAUACUUAAGAUAUAUAAAAUUUAUACAAUAGAUUAAUGUUACAAUAGCACAUGAACGAUGAUUAAAAUCGUGAUAAUAGAGUUAAAAAAAAGUCAUUAGAGAAUAGAUAUUCUGAAGACUGAUAUAUGACAGUAAGACCAAACUGUAACUUGAUAUUAGAAUAACUAUAAAGCAAAACAAUUCAUGUUUCGAGUCACACGAGCUCAGAUAUUUUUGAUAUAUACAUAUGUAUUUAUAUAUUUAUAUGUAUAUAGAUAUAUAUUUGAGUGCGUUUACUUUACCAUUAAUCUUUACAGUAAAAAUAUAUAAGCAUAUAAGAUCUUGUUCU